AUGCUUUUCUUCCCUUUCUACGCAAGCUCCUUUCCUCAUCUCCUGGUUUUGAUGCGGAUCGCACCAAUGAGCCUCGUAAUCCUUUGGAUCAUACAUCGACUGUCAACUUGGUGGCCGUUUGAGACAAGGCAUGCAUCACCUGCUAUUAAUGUUGUUGAUGUUCCUCUCGCUCCGAGUAAAUUGCGGUACGCUACAGCGGGUGCUCCUGGCCCGGAUGAUGACCUGAUACGCGACGAAGACUAUGUUUCUCCACCUCCUUCGCCGAAUCCCGAUUCUCGACAACCAUCUACAGCGAAGGUGGCCAAUGCCGGAGAGCAUGGAAGCGGCCGGCUCUGUUUCUGCUUGUAG